AUGUUAAAUAUUGGAACUUGCAUUCUAUGGAAUAUAUGGAAGGCUAGGAAUGAGUUGAUUUUCAACAUUAUAUCAGUUCAACUAUGUAUGAAUAGAGAUUUACAAGACUUUAAGGUUUUUGAUCUUCAUCGGGCGCUAAACUACUGCAAUAAUAUUUGUAUUGUUAGCGCUACCAAUAUUGUUUUGGAAUGUCCCCCUCCUCUUGUAAUCAAAGUUAAUGUUGAUGCUGCAUUUAAAAAUGGGAAGGGUGGUGUUGUAUCUGUGGCUAAGGAUUCAUUUGGCCAUCACAUAGGCUGCGGGUCUAUUUGUUUUGGAACUCCUUCUUCUACGGUUGCUGAGGCAAAAGCUUAUAGUUUUGGUCUCCAAUUAGCUAGUAAAUUACAGGUCACAAAGAUUAUAGUGGAAGGCGAUGCUACUGACAUACCAAAUUCUAUUGCAGGAAGUACGGAUUCUAUACCUUGGUGUAUUCGAUCAAUCAUUCCCUCGAUUAGAGAUCGCGUCAAAGCAUUAUGUGAAGUCUCUUUUACAGCUUUUCCUAGAGAUGCAAACUCAAUUUUACAUAAUUUAGCUCAAAGUGCAAUCUCAAACUUCGCAAAAAGAUGGUGGGUUCAUAAUGAACCACCAAAUUGUAUUAUGCAACGUCUCAUCUUUGGUGAGGAUUAA